AUGGAUGAUCAUUGGGUUUUGCCACCCAUCGAUGAUUUGAGUGACGCAAGUGACCCGCCUGAUCCACCUGCCCAGCCAGCUCGGCGUGCCAAGAGGGCCAAGGCUAAGGACUUCCAGACCGCACCCUUGCCUCAAGACAGUGAGGUUCGAUUGCGGGCCAUUUUGGCAAGACCCAAGUGUGCAUGCAAAAGAACAAACUGCUACCUUCAGUUCACCCCCAAAGAGGAAUUCAAACGGUUUCAAGAGUUUAGAACUGAGUGGCAUGGGUUUCACAAACUUGAUCAAGACAGAAUUGUUUUCGAGCGAAUCCGUGAUGAAGUACAGAAAGAUUCUGGGCGCUGGACAUUCUUGGACCACGAUGUGUGCUUGAAGUCGUGGAAAAUUUUGCAUGGUCUGGGUUCUCGACGUUUCAACAAGCUCAAGGCUGCCGUCAUCAAUGAUGCACACGCUCCCCCAGCUGACCUUCGGUAUUUGACUAAACCCAAAUCAGCAACAAACUCUGAAACGCGUGGGUCUGUGUCAUCCUUUCUGAUGCAAAUUUACCACAGCAUAGCUGAAACACUCCCAGAUUUCAGAGACGAAACAUGGGAUGUUGACACCACAAUGUUUGCCAUCGACGAGGACAAAGAUGAAACGGACCCGUACGCGGAUCAAUUGGUCAAAGGUUUGACGAUGGUGUGGUUGCAGGACUUUUACUUUAUGAAGUUCCGCGCAGAAAGGCAACACCCAGAAUGCGCCACCUGUGUCAGACACAAAUUCCUGAUCCGAUCUCUUGGUCACCACCUUCUAGCGAGACAGAAGCAGAUGGAUGAGUACCAUGCCCACCUGGACUCACAGUACCAAGAUCGCCUGCAAUAUUGGGCGGUGAGAGGGUUGUCGCGUGCUGGUGGAUCUACCGUCACAUUAAUUUGUGACGGUAUGGAUCAAGCAAAAUUUGCAUAUCCCCGGCAUCGUUGCCUCAAAUCGAAGGAGUUCCAUCAGUUUGCCCGCCCAAAAGCACACAUUGUUGGAAUAUUGGUUCAUGGACGCGCAAUUAUUUUUGCUGUGUCAGAGGCAGACAUCCCUAAAGACGCAUCGACCCACACGGAGCUUUUGGCUUUCGCGUUGACAAAGCUGCAAGAACAGGGCGAAUGCCUAUCUGAAAUGAGUGUGCGUGUUCAAUGCGACAACACGCCACGCGAAAUAAAAAAUAACGUGGUCACUGCCUUCCUUGCAAGCCUUGUGUCGAAAGGUACUAUCAAGGAGGCGGUGUUAUCCAGCCUCCGCUCAGGGCACUCCCACGAGGACAUUGACCAAACAUUUGGACGCCUUGCCAGUUUUCUAGUAAGGCACGGGCAUUCAUGUCAAACACCUGAUGAUUUCCAACGAGUGAUCCAACAAUUCCUCAAUGAAGCCUCCUUCCCACACGAACCUGUGUCCAAUCGCUACUGCGUGAAAGUUGAUCAGACCCGGGAUUGGUCUCUUGUUGGGGUAUUGAGAGUUUUUUGUUUUACUUUGGAGUAUCGUAUGAAUAUAUUUUCUAUGGUUCUAUGUUCAUACAUGUUCACAUGUGUUCAUACUACAGAGGCGCGUUUGACUUUUAUGGCUGCAUUCAUGUUGACCUUGCCAAGGAAAGGUUUUUUGGCACAAGCAGUUCCGGUGCAUCUUCGAGGUAUCGGAGGACCAGGGGCACCGCACGAGUUCUUGUUCCAGAGACGUUGUCAUUGCGGCUGCUAA